AUGACUCACGUCCGUCGUUGACAAACACCUAAGGGCACCGAACGAUUUUACCCAUGUUUACCUCUGCUUUUUUUUAAUUGUUUCGCGUUCUCCUGCCGGUCUGUGUUUGUUCAUUAUGUAAAUUGUACUUUUUGAAGCACCUGCCGGCUGACUGACUGAUCAUGGCAUAUCAAGCGGUGGAAAUCUGCGUUUUUAUUUGAACAGGAGCGUGUAUAUUUAUUUAUUUUUAACCUAAUGGUCGCUGUCUUUCACCGGAAAAAAUGAACUGCUUCAGUCAUAGGCUGAGGCGCACAUCUCCUGUGCAGGGCAGCAGCAGCAGGAAUGAGCUGGUCACCUCCAAACCUCCCAGGAUGAACGGAUGGUCGUGGCCGCCUCAAGCCUUCCAAGUGGUCGGCUGGUUGGUGUACAGCUACCUCGCCAUAGUCAGCUUUGGCAUCUACAUCCCUCUUCUGCCUCUGCCGUGGAACCAUGUGCUUUAUUCUCUUACAGGCAUAACAUUUAUUGUACACUUUUUCACCCAUAUUGUGGCUGUAACUAUAGACCCAGCAGAUGCCGGUGUCAGGGCCAAACAGAGCUACUCCAGGCCAAUGCCACUUUUUGACCACACAAAGCAACGACAUGUCAUCCAGGAUCUACACUGCUAUCUAUGUGACGUCAAGGUUGGCCCCAGAGUAAAACACUGUGGCAUUUGCAACAAGUGUGUGGAAGACUUUGAUCACCACUGCAAAUGGCUGAACACCUGUGUGGGUGGCAGAAACUACUGGUACUUCUUUGUGGCACUGUCCUCUGCUACACUAGGUGUCUUCCUUCUCGUCGUUGUCAUCUUGUUCAUCUUCAUUCAGCAUUACCUGGACCCAAACAGUCUGCGGACCGCUCCACAGUUUAGUAGUAUACUGGGGAAUGGGACCUGGCUGGUGUUUUUACCAUUAGCACCCAUAAAGACUACUUCGGCUGGUCUCCUUAUAUUAGCCUUCGUCACAGUCAUGCUGAGCAUCACCUGCCUGCUGCUGCUCUGUCAUCUGCUGGGUUUUCACUUUUACCUAUUUUAUAAAGGCAUAAGCACAUUUGAUUAUGUAAAGAUGCAGCGUCAAAAAGAAGCUAGAAACCGAGACAUUGAGGCAGAAAAAGCUAAUGAUGCCAAAACCCAUAACAAGGCCCCACAGAACCAAGAGAGCUCAAUUGACUGUGAGCCGGCGUUAUCACAGAGUUCAAGUACCUGCAAAUUUGACAAUAACGGCCCACUCAGCAGCCGACUUUCAGAGUCCAUAUGCACAGAGAUGGAAAACUUCAAGAAAUCAGCAGGAAAGGAGAAUAGCUUUAAUUAUGGCACAGAAAAUCCCAAAGAGAACACAGAAAGGGAAAUGUCUGUGAGUGACAUCAAAAGCUGGAAGCCUGAUGCUGAUGAAGAGGCUCAGUGGCCCAGCGUGAAGUCUGCUGACAGUGUUCCUGGAGUGCAGGACCCUCUGGGCAGCUCAGUUAUGACUCCAGACGAUACUUAGCUGUGACUGAUGUCUGCAUGACGGCGCAUCAGUAUAUGCUGCUUUUCAGGAACUAUCAAGAAACUAUGCUUCAAGAAACCAAGCCACGAGAUCAUGGACCUAUUGUUGACAUGGACAGAGGACAUUUUGAGGACACCACCGUUUGAUACACAACAUGGAAGAGUUUUUUUUGUCUAGUGGGCAUUUUGUAUGCAGACUGAAUAACUGUGGACCUGUUAUUGUGUUUUGUUUCGUUUUUAUCUACACUAUGUGUUUUUAUGACAGCUGAAUUAUUUAAAGCAUUGUUUUCCAGCGCCAUAUCCAGGUUAGCCCCUGUUCAACUACCCUGAGUCAGAUACAGGGUGUGUAUUUUGGCAUCUUCCUGAAAAUUUGAAACACGAUACUGGAGGUUACUGAUCAUAUUCUAAGCCAGAUGGGUAUCAAGCACUGUACAUCAUGUCAUUUUAUUUCAAGACCAAAGAGACCAAAACCUCACAUACUUUGUCUAACUGAACGUAGGGGGAGCAGAUGCUAGCUUUUUUAAUUAACUGUUGAUUUCACAAAGCCAGCAGUGUUUUGUGCCUGUUUUUAGCUAAAUUUGAUAGUAAAGAAUAUGAAUACACAA